GUCUCGCCUGGGAUUGCCUCCCAGUCCAGAGCUCAUUCAAGCGGAUCCGGCAUUAGGGUUUGGUGCUCACCCCCAAACUCGCACGUAGUCUGUUUCCCGGUCUUGGCUUACGCCCAAUCCCAUCCAAUUUUGAGCUGCACCUGCCCCCGCAACCGCUCCCCUACCCCCAGCUCGCCUUCCUUCCCUCGUUUUCCCUCCCUUGCCCGCUUCUCUACACGCCUUUUCAUCUCCGUCCUCGCCCGCGCCCUCGUCGUUGUCCUCGUCUUCGUCCAUCCCCCUUUUUUCUUUCCUCUCCCGUUUCUUCUCCUCUUUCCUUUCUGUUCUCCAUCCCCCUGGCUCUUUUCCCCGUUGUGUCGUUGCGCGCGCUCUAUCGUUAUGGCGGACUCUGGCGAUGUUUAUGGCUUGGCGUCUGGGUAGCGGUGUUGCGCUGGGAUGGAGAUGGCGAGAAGGAAGGUUCUGCAGGGGCGGCGAGGAGGAGCAGCAUGAAGACUGACGAGACGCCUUUGAAUCACUACACAAUCGAACUCCUAAAACCGUUGGCUGAUGUAGACCCUAUCUUGCUUUCUGACUACGCCGCAACACUGCUGAAGAUCGACAAGCCUAAGAAGGAAUCGCAGACAUUUUGCGUGGACCAGCUGUGCGGUUUUCUUGGAGGUGGUCAAUUGAUGGCCUGCAGUUGAACCUGCCUCACCUGACUGGCUGCCCCUCUUGGUUGAGGCUCUGCAAAAUGUGGGAAGGAACGGCUGUGGGCAUACGUGUACAAAUGGUUGGAAAGAAGAAUUUAUAUUAAUUGUAUCGUACCAGCCGUGAGUGCAGGAGCAAACUUAUUCGUUGUCAACCUAUUUCAUGUUAUUGACGACGGGACGAUCCCCUCCAGAAUGGAUGAUCUGGAAAUUGUCAAGCCUCUGGACAAAGCGGAAUCCCUCGCCGAGGCUGCAGAGACCAGAAUAUCGCCUUCCCAUUUAGAGAGGAUACCGAGCGCCGGCGCCCAGGAUUGGGAGGAGGAGCUAGAGGAAGAAGAUAGCAGCGACGACGAUCGGAAUCACAAGCAUCGGCGUCGAGUUUCUCGAUCCCGUUCUGGAGACAGAGUAGACGAAUCCAAUGUUUCUCGGUACAACGGAGGUGGGUCAAAUGAUCUCAAGCGCCAAACCGGUGACCACGGUAGAGAAGGAGGAGGAGGACAGUCCAACCGAGAGCGGCCGUCGAAGUUUGAAAGACUAUCGGGUCGUGAUGCAGGGGGUCGAUUUAGCAACGGAGAGCAAGCAGAGCGAGGUCUAAUACGUGGCGGUGGUCCUCCGUUUCGGGGGGAUGCACCUAGCCUGGGGCUCGAUGGAGUGCGUAUGGGCCGUGGCAGAGGAGCUGGUAGUUGGGUCGGUCCUAUGCCGCCCCCGUUUGCUGACGCACCACCUCUGUUGUCCCCGAAUGGAGGCUAUUUCUCGAACGGCAGGGGCUUGGGUGGGCGUGGGGUUGGGUGGCCCGGAGGAUUCGGACACAUGAGUGGCAUGGGAGCUAGUUCAUUGGAACUUUCGCAUGGUGGGCGAGGGCCACCUGGAGUUAUGAACCUGGGGAUGGGAACGGGUUUAGGACCUGUGCGACCGAGGUGUCUGGAUUUUGAAGAACGAGGGUUCUGUCUUCGAGGAGAUCUGUGUCCCAUGGAUCAUGGUUCCCACAUUGUCGUGGAGGAUGUGCAGAGCCUGUCCCAAUUUAACCUGCCUGUCAACCUUUCAAGUGGGCGAGGCAUGGCUGUGGCGCCCGGGCAGAUGGCAGCCUCCAAUACCAUGCUACCCACUUCUGCACCUUCAAGUUCUCGGGGGAGCCGAGGGAGCCGGGAGCCGAGUAUUCCUCCACUAGAAGCUCCGAUCGUGGUGAAUGGCCAAGUGUCUGGUGCUGAACCUGACCUGUACGAUCCAGAUCAACCGCUUUGGAACAAAGACAGACCUGAGGCCACGGGAAGGGUUAGAAAGUUGUCAGCGUUUCAGACGGAACAUCUUGAGGUGGUUAAAGAGAAACCGGAACUGAAGAAGAACCCAGAUGGGCGAGGGGUUGAUGGUGGCAGCAGAGGUGCCAACAGCAGCAGCUUGCAUGGUGCAGACGCAGUGUCCACUGUGUGGGAUCGCAUAGGACUUGUAGAUGUAAGCGCUGCUAGUGCAGGGGUGAAAUUAGAAGAACAGCGGGGUCAGAGCAGAGGAGUUACGUGGCAGCCCGGAAGAUGGGAAGACCGUGAACCUGUCAGCGGAGCCACCAACCUCAAUACAAAUCCUGGACGAGGACGGGGUGCUGCCGGGUGGGCAGAGGUAGGUCCUCCAUUCAACCGCUCCAAAGAUGGGAGCAAGUUGGGGCCUCGCGCUCCUGGGCGCAGCGUAGAACAUGCUCAACGCACACUCUAUGUGAACUGCAUACCUCCCAAUGCUAAUCAGGCAGAGGACUUGCUCAUGCACUUUGAAAAGUUUGGACGUGUUGUGGAUGUCCGAAUUCCUCCACACAGUGACAGAGCCUUUAUCCAGUUCGCUACUCGAGAGGAGGCGGAGUCAGCACUGGCUUCCCCCGAUGCUGUGAUGGGGAACCGAUUCAUACGAUUGUCGUGGGCUAAUCGUGAUAGCAUCAAUAGUGAUAGCGGCGCUUCCACUUCUUUUACUGGUCAGCCGCCAACCUCUGGCUCUGAAGCAGCAGGUGGCCAUGCUGCACUAGUAAAAGGUAGAGGAAAACUGAGUUUGACUGGUCUGAAUGGAGUCGUUGCCGGCCUGUCGGGAACUUCGAUCCCAGAAGGCAGCAACAAAGCCACCACAUCGAAUGGUUCCGCAACUUCCUUGAUUAGCCCAGUAGCUAUGGCAUCAAAGAAACAGGAGGAAUUAGAGCUUAUGCGUGAGAAGAUCCGUCAGAAGCAAGAGGCCCUAGCUCAGAAACGCGACGAUUUUCGGCGGAAGCUCGACAAGCUCGCUAGUCAGGGGGUUGCAGGAUCCGAGGACCCUAUAGUAGACCAUGCCAGCAAGCGACAGAAAGGGGACAAUUCUAGUGACGUGAGACCGUGCAAAGAUAUUGCCGCUGUUGGCAGUUUAACGACUACUUCUGGCAUUAGGAAGACGAACUCGGGGGAAGUUGCGCAGGCAGGGACGACACAGGCGUCAUCGAAGCCUACAAGAUCUCCCCAUCGUCGGACACCUUCGGGAGCAUCUGUAGGACACCCCGCAUCUGCGUGGGGUCCUGGACGAUUCAAACUUGAUAAUCGCACAACGGCUUUUAGGGUUCUGCCUCCUCUUCCGGCUACUAUCUCUGAUGUUGCAGCUGUAAAAGACCAUUUCGCUGCAUUUGGCGAGCUAUCAAGCGUGGAAGUCGAGGAUGCAGAGGAUCACAAAGUGGAUUCAGGACAACCCUGGAAAUCGAGUAGCCCCAUACGGAUUAGCUACAGUACUCGACGGAGUGCAGAAAGAGCUAUGACGCAGGGCAGGUGGUUUCACGGACAGUCGUUAAAUCUGGUUUGGGUCUCUGUUGCUGUAACCAAUCGGCCAUCAGAGAGUGCUCCUGCUAGCAUCACCGCUUUGACCGAGCAUAAGACCACGGGUAGAGGCGAUGCCAACGAAGUUUGGGAAGAAUCGUCUGUUGAAGAGCAGCACCACGUGGAAAGCAAGGCAAGCCUGAAAAAUGAAGCUCAUCCAAGUGGAGCUCGGGUGGUGUAAUUCCUCAAUAACACCAGACGCCUGAGAUGUAACAAGCAUACUUGCACCUGUCAAAAUAGCUCUGAAUGUAUCUAAAACCCCAUUUUGCGUUGGGGAACGUUCGAGUGCCUCAUUAGGAACGAGGUCUGCUCGACACAUUUAGUUUAGCGUAGACUCUGUAAUUUGUAAGCUUUUUUCGGUUUCCAGCUUCCUUUUUCCUUUUCUUUUUCUUAUUCUUAGGACUUUCAAUUGACAAGUAAUCAAGCCAGAUGUAGAGCUCAUGAUCGAAGAGCCAUUUUUGGAAUUAAAUUGAAGUCACUAGGCUGGUUGCCAACAGCCAAGCAAGGUGGAUGUGGCUGCUUACUGCCCUUCCAGGUCACCUUUGCCGUUCCAAAUCA